UUUUGGAAAGGAAGUUAACUCAGAGAAGUUAGAACUCUCUCUUCAGAUUAUCCCACAUGAUAAUUAUGAAUUUUUUUGAAGCGUCUUCUGAAAGUGAGAGUGAUUCAAGCAGGUGGAGCACUCGUGACUCCUUCGGAAGAGACAGUUGGAACAGUGAGGAUGAGAGGUCUGCAGGACCAUCGCAGACUGUCUCCUCUCAACCCCCUGAUAUACACAAAAUUGUUACUGAAGGGGAGCUAAAUCAAUUGGCUCAGAUUCGACCAUCCAUAUUUAAUGUUCAUGAGCAAUCAGCCAUCAAGGAUUGUUUGAAAAUGCUUGAGAAAAAGGUAGCAGGAUAUGAUAUCAUCCAAGAGUUUGUGGAUUUAGAACAUAAGAAUUUGCCUGGUGACUUCGCCUUUGGGACUCAUUCAAGCAACAGAGAGAAAAACAGAUACCGAGAUAUUCUUCCAUAUGAUGCAACAUGCGUUCUUCUUGGAAAAGGCAAGGACUACAUCAAUGCUAGCUAUAUUAGAAUAGCCAAUUAUGGAGAAGAAUAUUUUUAUAUUGCUUCCCAAGGACCAUUACCAGGCACUGUAGAUGACUUUUGGCAAAUGGUUUUGGAAAAUAAUUCUAAUGUUAUUGCCAUGAUAACCAGAGAGAUAGAAGGUGGAAUUCCCAAAUGUUACCAUUACUGGCCCUCUUCUCUGAAGAAGCCUUUGGAACUGGAACACUUCCGUGUCUUCCUGGAGAACUACCAGAUGCUUCAAUCUUUCACCAUUCGAAAGUUUCAAGUUGUGGAUAAGUCUAAAGGAAUUAGUCACUUUGUAAUACACUUGCAGUUCACCAAGUGGCCAGACCAUGGCACUCCUGCCUCAGCAGAUAACUUCAUAAAAUACGUUCGUUAUGCCAGGAAGAGUCACCUUACGGGACCCAUGGUAGUUCACUGCAGUGCUGGCGUAGGCCGGACAGGAGUGUUCCUAUGUGUGGAUGUCGUGUUCUGUGCCAUCGAAAAGAACUACUCAUUCAACAUUAUGAAUAUAGUGACUCAAAUGAGAGAACAACGUCGUGGCAUGAUUCAAACAAAGGAGCAGUAUCACUUUUGUUAUGAAAUUGUGCUUAAAGUUCUUCAGAAACUUCUGACUUUGGAUUAAGAAAAGCUUCUGUUGUUUCUCAUUUGAAAUUACCAAAUGCCUUUG